AAUCCAAGCAUUUUUUUGCUCUGUGGUGUUGUUGACAUUAUUCUGACAUGACAAUAACAAAUUUCGCGCCAAAAUACCGGUACACAUGUCAAUUGUGUUUUGUAAAAUUAUCGUCACCUUUGUGUUUUAUUAAACUCAAAAUUUAUUUAUAAUGGAGGACGGAGACUUUGACCAGCGCCUAAGAGAUUUGCAGAGAGAAUAUCUUGAAUUCCUUGACGAUGAAGAAGACCAAGGCAUUUACAUGGAGAGAGUAAAACAAAUGAUCGCUGAUAAGUCUCAGCGGCUUAUGGUGAGUGUGAAUGACCUUAGAAGGAAGAAUCCGGACAGAGCAAAAAAUCUGCUUGAGAAUGCUUUUGAGGAGCAGAUAGCAUUCCAGAAAGCGCUCAAGGAAUAUGUCGCGUCCAUUGAUCCAACGUACGCUAAGGAACAAGAGGAAUUCUUCGUCGCCUUUUCUGGAAGCUUUGGAAACAAACAUGUCACUCCGAGGAGUCUGACUUCCAGAUAUCUAGGAAACCUAAUAUGUGUGGAGGGCAUUGUGACCCGAGUGUCACUAGUCCGCCCGAAGGUGGUCCGGAGUGUGCACUACUGUCCGGCCACUAAGAAGGUCAUGGAGAGAAAGUACACUGAUCUCACCUCAUUUGACGCUUUUCCAACAACUGCUAUUUACCCCACCAAGGAUGAUGAAGGCAACCCUCUAGAAACUGAGUAUGGUCUAUCUCGGUACAAAGACCACCAGACCCUGACAGUGCAGGAGAUGCCGGAGCGAGCACCCGCGGGGCAGCUGCCUCGCAGUGUAGACGUGGUCUGUGAUGACGACCUUGUGGACCGCUGCAAGCCGGGGGACCGGGUGCAGAUUGUGGGCAACUACCGCUGUCUGCCCAAUAAGCAGGGCAGCUUUACUGCUGGCACCUUCAGGACAAUCCUAAUAGCCAACAAUGUAACGCAAAUCAACAAGGAAAUGAAUCUAAAUGUGACUCGCGAAGACAUCAAGUUGUGCAAGCGUCUUGCCAAGAGGUCCACUGUGGACAUGUUCGACUUGCUGGCCAAGUCACUGGCGCCCUCUAUCCACGGACAUGAUUAUAUUAAGAAGGCUAUACUCUGCCUGCUCUUGGGCGGGAUGGAGAAAAUCUUGCCUAAUGGGACUAGGCUCAGAGGAGACAUAAACGUGCUGUUAAUCGGCGACCCAUCCGUGGCGAAGUCGCAGCUACUUCGCUACGUGCUGCUGACGGCGCCGCGCGCCAUCACCACCACCGGGCGAGGGUCGUCCGGCGUCGGACUCACGGCCGCCGUCACCACCGACGCGGAGACUGGUGACAGGAGAUUAGAAGCGGGCGCCAUGGUGCUGGCGGACCGCGGCGUGGUGUGCAUCGACGAGUUCGACAAGAUGUCGGACGCCGACCGCACCGCCAUACACGAGGUGAUGGAGCAAGGGCGAGUGACGAUCGCCAAGGCGGGCGUGCACGCGUCCCUCAACGCGAGAUGCUCGGUGCUGGCCGCCGCCAACCCGGUCUAUGGACGGUACGACCAGUACAAGACACCGAUGGAGAACAUCGGCCUCCAGGACUCACUACUGUCUCGGUUCGACCUGCUGUUCGUGAUGCUGGACAUCGCCGACGCGGACCACGACAACAUGAUCUCCGAGCACGUGCUGCGGAUGCACAGAUACAGAAAUCCGAAAGAGCAAGAUGGAGAAGUGUUGCCGAUGGGAUCGUCGGUCGAGAUGCUGUCCACGGAGAACCCUGACAAUGACGAAGUGGAGGACACAAACGAGUCAAUAUACGAGAAGUACGACCCUCUCCUCCACGGCAACACUCGCUCCAAGAAAGACCAGAUAUUGAGCACCAAGUUUAUGCGCAAGUUCAUCCACAUAGCUCGCUUCAUCAAGCCCAAGCUCACGCAGGAGGCGUCCGAUGCGAUAGCUGAUGAAUAUGCCAAGUUGAGGAACCAGGAUAUGAUGGAGAGCGAUGUGGCUAGGACGCAGCCAGUAACAGCGCGUACUCUAGAGACGCUGAUCCGGCUGGGCACGGCGCACGCCAAGGCCCGGCUCAGCUUCCAGGUCACGCGCCGCGACGCCGAGGCCGCCAUCGAGCUCGUGCACUUCGCGCACUUUAAGAAGGUGCUCACCCGUGAGAAGAGUCGCAAGCGGCGCGCGUCGUCCGGCGACGAGGAGGAGGCCGAGCAGCCCGCGCCCGCCGCGCCGCGCGCCAAGAGAUCGCGACGAACGGACGGCGGGGACCCGUACGAGUUCUCCUCCGACGAGGAGACGGAGCCGGUGCUGCGCGCUGCACACGCCACGCAGCCCGAGCCGCCGCGCGCCACGCGGUCGCAGAAGGAUAUUGAUGGGAAUAGGCUCACGCAGUUCAAGACAGCCCUCCAGCAGUUGUUCCGGGAAGAGCGCGCCAACUCCCUACCUCUAUCGCGUAUCACCGCAUACGUUAACGAGAAAUACUCGCAUGAAACGUUUGAUAGCGGAGAAAUACACUCCGCACUGGCCAAGAUGACACAAGACAACCAGGUCAUGCUGGCUGAUGAUAUUAUUUUCCUCAUCUAAUUUGAGAUCUGAUUCUUUGGACGUUUCUAUAUUCAAAUAUGUUGUCAGCACUCUUGGUUUAAGAGGAUAAACGCAGCACUGUGAUUUGCUGAGUAAUUAUAUCAUAUCGAGUGCGUUACGAAAAAUACGUAGAAUCAGUAAGUUUGUAACUGUUAUGAUUAGUUAUUUUCCUGUGGUUUCUGUCAAAACAAUUUCAGUGUUGCUGCUUCUGAAUGAGCAAUAAAUCUGCGCAUAUUUAUUGAUUCUAAUUAGAUAACGUCCGAAUGUUAUACUUUUAUUUGUAGUAAGUUUUAAGUUGAUUCUAUCGCAUUGUACCUUAUUAAUUGAAAGUUGGUUGAUGAAAUCGUCGUUAUCGUUAGUCUGUUACAUUAAAAAUAACCUUAAUACCUUAAGGAUUUUUAGUAAGGUAUAUUUUAUCACAACGUUUAAAAUAGUAAUCAUUGUUGUUUAUGUUUGAUUUAAGGAUAGAAAUCAUGUCCCAUUUUGUAAUUUUCUCAGUAAUUAUUGAGAAAAACCCGCCUAUAUUUUAAGUACAACAAUUUAAUAAGUAAACUGUGCCUUGUGGAAAUCAUGCCUUGUAAUUGUAACUUUUGUAUUGUUUAUUCAGUGAAUAAAUUGAUUACUUACCAUAA